GCUGCGCUGUGGGGUCGCCGCUGCGCCGACCGACCUCAGCUGUGACCUGUGACCUGUGACCAGGGAUCUAGCCAGGAGCCGCACAGGAGCGGCGGACUCCGGAGUCGCCCGACUCCCGUCGCCCGGUCGUCGCCCGUCGGCCUCCGCUGCCGGCGCCGCGCCUCUCGCUGCAGAGCGACCUCAACCAGAACUGCGCCACCAUGAUGGCGGAAAGCUCCGACGACGUCACCGUCAAGGGCUUCGACAACCCCGUCUUCGAGGAUGACAAGACGGAGGGCACGGCGAGGCUCAACAUCACCCAGGCCACCAAUGAAGAGCUGGCCAGCCAGGCAGUGAACGGCUCCCGUCAGGACCACGAGGCGGUCAACCUCGAGUUGGUCACCAUGACGCCCGAGAAGAACGGCAACGGCCACAGCGCCGCCGACAUCAAAUCCAAGGACGCCACCAUCGACGUGACGUACAACGACGACAACGAGAGCGGACAGCACAACACCCACCGGAAGAUGGUCAG